GCCACCUCCGAUCAGCUGAUAUUUCCGCACGUUUGUUUUUCAGCUGACUCGUCCCCGGAAAUCGGUGAUUCGUGCGGGGUUAAAGGGGGGAUGGAGCUCCGAACAACGGGACUUAUCGUUGUUGGACUAUACGAAUUGUCGGUAUCGUUCACUUGACGGUCGGUGCUCGACGCACAAACAGUAUAGUACGACAGCAGCCUGAAGAGAUUUGUCUAAUACGCUCGAACGAGCGUUGUUCUUCAUCAUCUAAUCAACAGAACGGCGUUACAUAUUAUAUUCUUCUUCGUUGUAUGUGCAACAUGAGUGUCCGGUGUACUGUUAGUGAUUUUCCGAGCAUAAAUUGAGCCACAUCUAAUCGAGCAUAAUCGCAAUGGAUAGCGUGAUAGGUAUAAUUUAUGCAAUAUGUCGAGGAUUUGUAGACAGCUUGAAAGGUACCAUUGUACUUUUCUAUAUGGAUAAGCAAAUUAACGAGAAAUUGGUUGAGAAAACUUCCAAUCGAGCAGAGCUUAGGAAGAGAGAUGUAGUUAUGUCAAGCCCCUCCAAGCAUAAGCAACGGGAAUCUAAGGUGUUGAGGAGAACUCUACAAUGUUGUGCAUUGAAUGGUGGAGUGUUUUGGGCUAGUAUACUGAUAUUCGAUUUUGGACUUCUGCCAUUUGUUAAGUACUUAUUGACUGUUAUAUUCGGUCACUCUCCUGGUAUGGGUCUUACUGUAUGGUCAUGGAUCCAGCCAUUUCUAUCUCUUACAUUUGGUACAAUAUGGGUACUACCACUGUUUUUACUCAGCAGAAUAGUUAACAGUUUGUGGUUUCAGGACAUAGCCGAUAGUGCUUACAGAUAUAGACAGGGGAGACCAUUGCUUUUGUCAAGUGUAAGCAAGUUGAUAGCUGACACGCUUUUUAGCGUAUUAGUUCAAGCAUUAUUCUUGGGACAAGGAAUGUUGGUGUCUAAAGUUCCACUUCCGCCAUUAGGGGACAUUCUUGCCCUUGUCCACAUGUGCCUUUUAUAUGCUCUCUAUGCCUUCGAAUACAAGUGGUUCAACAUGGGUUGGGAAUUGCAUAGACGAUUAACUUUUAUCGAAGGCAAUUGGCCAUACUUUUUAGGCUUUGGUAUGCCAUUAGCAGUACUUACCCAAAUGCCCAACUCGUACUUUGUAAGUGGCUGUGUUUUUUCCAUUUUAUUUCCACUGUUUAUUGUAAGUGGAAACGAAGCAGAACCUGUAACUGGAGUAUGUGAUUGCCAGCUGAAAUUAUUUUCUCCAGUAAUUGCAAUUGCAAAUACGUUAUUUAAUAAAACUAUCGGACGGGUCAAUAAGCGGUGAUAGUAAAAACAACGGAAGAAUAAAUGCCUAAUUUAUAUUAUUUGCAUAUUAGGAUAUGCAUACCAUUUACCAAUUUGUUACAGAAAAGCUCAUAUGUGCAUUAGCAAUAAUUAUAUAAAAUAAUGAUAAAAAUAUUUGGGUAUCUAUUGUUCGUUCUUGCAGGAA